GGGGUGGGUCGACACAAGUGCUAGCAGGAAGUUGGGGAGCUUCCGGCUGGCGUACGAGCUGUUGGCGGGGUGUGCGGGAUGUUUGCUGUGUGCAAACAGCUGUUGGUUGAAAGCUAGCUGAGGCGACAUGGCUCUGCUACGACUGAGGAACGCAAAGGGCCCGAAUGCAGCAGAGAUAGAGAGGAAAAUUAAAAGGGGAAAUGCCCUGAGGCAGGGGUCUUUGUGGCGGGGCUCCCGGGGGCUCCUGGCCUUGCUCCUGGUUGCUCUGUGUGCUAGUAUAGUUGCCGCCUGGCUCUACCUGGCUUCCUUGGACGGUGACAUCACAGAAACUCUGGCCAGUCGGAGGGAAAUGAUCUUGCCUCAGCCCAGGGUCUACAGCGUCCAAUGUUCAGAGGACUACGAGAACUACAAGCGCUACCCAGGCUGCACCCCUCAGAAGUGCGGCCGAGCCGUCACGGACGGCGUGGUGACGAGCGAAGAGGCUCAGGCCCUCCGGAGGCUGGCUGAGAGGGGGCUGGCGCUGGCCGGGUCUGAGGGAGGGGCCUCCAUACUGGACCUUCACUCUGGAGCGCUGUCCAUGGGGAAACAGUUUGUCAAUAUAUACAGGUAUUUUGGGGAACAGAUAGCAGAUGUCUUCACAGAAGAGGAUUUCAAGCUUUACAGAGAUGUGCGGGGCCGGAUCCAGGCCGUCAUUGCCGAGACGUUUGCCUUGGACCGAACCCUGAUGUACCUCACCAAGCCCACCUUCUUCUCCAGAAUCAACAGCACCGCGGCCAAGACGCAGCAUGACGAGUACUGGCACCCGCACAUCGAUAAGGAGACGUACGGCUCUUUUGACUACACGUCGCUCCUGUACCUGUCUGACUACGGCUCGGACUUCACCGGCGGACGAUUUGUCUUCAUGGACCAAAAUGGCAAUCGAACUGUGGAACCCCGGGCAGGACGAGUGUCGUUCUUCUCCUCCGGAUCGGAGAACCUGCACCGCGUGGAGAAGGUCACAUGGGGGACACGCUACGCCAUCACCGUCUCCUUCACUUGUGACCCCAGUCACGCCAUCUCCGACCCCUCCCUGCCCUGAGGCGUCCGCGGACGAGGCGCUGCGUCCCAUGCGCUCGGCCGAGCCCUGCAACAAAGACGGAGACGAAGAAAGUGAAAAAGAGGAAAAAAGAAAAAAAAAGAAGCGUUUUUAGUUAAGGUGAGAUCGAGAAACCUCGCCAGCUGCCGUGUCGAACACGAGCGGCAAAGAAUCGACGAGCUUAUGAUUCCAAGACGAGCCAGAGGAAGCUGAACUUCAGAUGGUAAAUUUACUGCAGCAGCAAAUUCUUUCUUGGAAACAUCCAUUUUUUUUACCGAAAGGAAAAAGACUCUGGUGUUUUGGACGUAACGGCGCUCAGGCUGGGAUUCCACGGCACAAAUCUUUCUCCGUCGUUCCACCACUGACGAGUGGCUGUUUCCAGACGGAGCUUUUUGCAAAAUGUAGCCCCACAUUCUGCUGUCAUGUUCCUGAAAUGUCGCACAACAUUCCAUAUUGAGUUUUACACACAGAUGUAUGCAACAAAUACAACGUGAUGUUUUCAAAUAUUUUCAGUGGAAACCGACUUUGCAACUUGUGUUGCGUUUACAGUGGGCGGAUUUUGGCCCCAAACUUUGCUGUGGAAUUUUUUUAACUUGGCCAAAUCAGAUGAUUGAACAAAUCAUCACCUGAAAACAGUUUUUUGUUUUUUCUUUUGCUUUUACUCAGAUUAUCUUUGUCUUAUACAACAAACUGUUUAAUCAACACAUGUACAGGAAAAAUUGAGAGCAGUAGCUUUCUUCUCCUCCGAGUACGUCUUCCAACGGUUCUGGUUGUUCUUGGUUCGGUCAAGUCGUUUGGGUUCGUGGAUGUUUCUGAUCAUUCAGGACUUUUUGAACGUUCGGCUCAAAAUGCAACCGGGUUACAGAUGCAGAUCUUGACUGACUCAGGGUCACGUUUCUCUUUCUCCUUGUGCCAAAGGUUUUUGUUGCAUUUUCUUUUCCUUUUUUUCUUUCUCAUUUGCUCGAACUUCGAGAACUCCAUGUGCCAAUGCCUCGUUUUAGCACACAGAUGUAAUGUCCUGUUUUCUUUCAGCAAUUAAGAAGCCAUAACACCUGAGUGAACACUUUGUAUUUAUAAAAAUCAGCCACGAUUA